UUUGUAUUUAAUUUAAUUUUUCAUAGGUUGCCGACAUUGAUACCUCUAGAACCAUGUGAUUGAAGUAGACCUUCCUAAAUAACCUUCACGUAAAUGCUCAAGCUAUGUACACUAGUUAGUGAAGUCAGUGUUUGGUUUUCGAAGGCUGGGGUUCUAGUUGUCUCUAAAUUGACAUGACAAUUGUUCAUAUUUAAUAUAUUUAGUAUAAAAAUUCAUCAUCAAUCAUGGAAGGCGAAAGUGACAGUGCUUCGAGUAAAGAAUUGAUUCCGGGCCACAGUAGCUUACAAGCUUUUAUACAUAGUGCACUACCUAAUGUGCUUGAGGGUAUUAAAGCUUCUAACAGCUUACCUAGUCCUCAAGAUUUUAGUUAUUAUCGAACUUACCCUGAAUUCGUUAAUGUAAUGAAAUAUGAGGGUAUGAAGCUGAAAAGUUUGAUGGACUGUUUGAUGAAGAGGAAUGGUAUGAGAAAGAUUGAUCAUAAUUUUGAUACAAUCAUAGAUUCAAAUGACAAAAGUCUUGACCGGGUCACUAAUAACUUACUAGAAAUGGAUGGACGUAAAAGGAACCCUCUACCUUCUAAACCUUCCACUAAUGCACAAACAAAUGUUCCUAGUGGAGGUUGGCAUGAUAAAGAUGUUAAUUCUCAGCCAUCAAAGGAAGAAGUAACAUUGUGUGUUUCAUCGGGAACUAUUAGGCCACAAGUGUUUUUUAAAGAUAAGAUAGAUAAUAGCAAUUCUCCAUGGAUCCCUCGUAUAAAAGAGAAGCCAAAUGCCCUUAAGCCACUUUCAAUCUUGGUAGAAUUGAAUGAUCUUGGGCAUGAAAGUUAUUCUCACCCAUACGACUAUGAACUUACUCUUUGGAAACCUGAAGAAAGCAUGCUGAGCACUGUAAAAGUAACAAAACCUCUACCUUUUUCAGAAACUCCUUAUCUCUAUGUUGAAACAGAGGAACAAUUAAAUAGCUUAAAGGAGGAUUUGUCAAAGGCAAAUGAAUUCGCUGUUGAUUUAGAGCAUCAUUCAUACAGAACUUUCAUGGGAUUCACAUGUGUUUUACAAAUAUCAACAUGGACGAAAGAUUACGUCAUUGAUGCUCUGAAACUGAGAGAUAAAUUGCAUGUUCUGAAUGAAGUUUUUACAAAUCCUGCUAUUCUUAAGGUAUUCCAUGGAGCAGAUAGUGAUGUUGAAUGGCUUCAGAGAGAUUUAUCCAUUUAUGUGAUAAAUAUGUUUGACACGUACCAAGCUAGCAAGUUGUUGGGCUUUGCUAGACUUAGCCUUGCACAUUUGCUUUAUAGGUAUUGUAAAGUGGAGGCAAACAAAGAAUAUCAACUUUUUGAUUGGAGGAAAAGGCCACUUCCUGAAAGUGCUAUUAAGUACGCUCGUGAGGACACUCAUUAUCUCUUGUAUAUAUACCAGCUGAUGAGAAAUGAAUUAAUUCAACAUGCUAAUGGAAAAACUAACCUUUUAGAAGCCGUUUUUGAUAGAAGUAGGGAUACAUGUAGAAAGGUUUACUGUAAGCCGAGUUUGGAAGAAGAUAGCCACAUGGCUAUUUAUCGAAGACUAAAACUAAGUUUUGACAAUCGGCAACUUUAUGCUUUGAGAGAAAUUUACAGGUGGAGAGAUAGGGUAGCGAGGCAAGAAGACGAGAGCUGCGGGUAUGUACUACCGAAUCACAUGAUGGUUCAAAUAUGCAGAACACUCCCUCGAGAAGUACAAGGUAUACUUGCUUGUUGCAAUCCUAUACCUCCUCUUGUCAGAACUUACCUUUUGGAAAUCCAUCAAAUUAUUCUUCGAGCAAAAGAACAACCCUUAGUUAAAAGUUUGGUGGAAGAAGCUGUCCAAAGUGAACCUGGGGUAGAAAGAGAUCUCCGUCUCAUUCUGCCUCAGGACAACUCUGGACUAGAAUUCCGUGAUGAUCUUCCCACUCUUCUUGGUGGAGGUCUUUCUCAGAUUGCCACAUCUGACGAAAUGCCUACUCCUAUUAUUUCUGCAUUUGCUGAUAUAGGCAAGAAUAAUACUCACAAGUCUAAAGAGAAAUUAGGAAAACUGAAGUUCAUCAGUCCUUAUGAGCGUUACAUAAAGGUCUUACCUUAUGCAAUUCAGCUCGAAAAAGAAGAAAGGGAAAGAAGGGAAAAAGAGGAGGAGGAGAGGCUAUCGAGCGCUACUAAUGCUCUUGAAAUAAACGCACAAGUUGCACAACCAGAACCAGAAUCUCAACCUUUAGCAAAGAAUAGAGGAUACUUAAAAAAAGCAAGAAUAGAAAGGGGUGAGAUACCUGCAAAACAAGAGAACAAACCUUCCCCUGCGAAAUCGCCGAGGGUUGGAGUCGUUGGUGGCGAAGUAAGAUUAUCUGCCAAAAACAGUGAAAAGAAUUUCAAGCAUUCGAACAGUCACCAAUUUGAAGAAAGUGAAGGUUAUGACUACAGUAAGGUUAAUUAUAAUAAAUUCCAGUCAGGAGGUGCCAUUUCUCCCAAUGGUAAAAGGAAAGCAUUUGGACAGAAGUUCCAAAACAAAAGGAAGAAAAAGAACUUUCAAGAUAGAAAUGUGAAAAAAAAACGUGGUGGCCACCAACAAAUGUAAAAGUAGAUUAUUUUAGUUUAUUAUAUAUUCUUUUUAUUAAAUUAUAAUAUUUUUUAUGAGGACUUUCUACCAUUGGUCUGUACAAAUUAGUUUCUAUGGUUGCCAUCUCUUCAAUUAAGUCUCUAAAUUAUGACUUUAAUUGAAAUCAUGUGAACACAUGCAGAAAUUUAUGAUGGUAUAAUGGUAUAAAUAUUAUACCAUAACCUUGAAUUGAAUAUAACUUAAUAAAGUUACAUUCAAUUAAUUGAGUGAUGAUUCAUUAAUAGUGAUUGGGCACUUAAUUUUAAACAUUUUAAGUUAACGACAAGGAAUUGUCAUUGGAAAUUAAUGACAUUUUUAAUCAUAAACAUAAUAGACAAUUGGUUGUAAAUAUUGAAAUAAAAUCCAUUUAUUGUUUCUGACUAAUUUUUUUAUUAAGAUGUUGGUAUGACUCCAGAAUUCACUAUUCUAACCUGCAACAAAACGUGAAACAGCUAAUGAGCAUUCAGUAUAGAUAGUUGUUGCUAUCUAUGUAUUUUAGUUUGUUAAUAAUGUUCAGUGAUUUAAUAGUUGCAUAUUGUUUAUCAAAUCCAGUCUCUACUACUCUAAAGUAGUAUCAUAAUUUAUUAGUAGAGAUGUUAACAUAUCUUAUUAUUUUUUUACCAAAAAUAUGUAAUCAUUGUAUCAUAAUUAUAAACACGUGCCCUUAAUACCUUUCGCGACAUAUUGAAGAUUUCUUUAUCUCUUGAGCCGGUGCUAGUUUGUGGUGUGAUCUUCCUUUUUUUUCUUUUCUGGUAUAUCAACUAAUAUAAGCUAAAUUAAAAUUUGAACAUUGUUGAAACUAAUAUAGUUUUAUGUAAUUUGUUGAGCUUUUGGUAGACCAUCGCCAUUGACUUCCACCCAUUAUGCUUGCUCACGAGAUAAAGUAUUCUCAUAUCUUUAUCAGUUUCUGAAGUAUGGAUCUUUUACAUACGACAAAUUUGAAAGUGUUAUUAUAUUAAUAUCUUUAUUUGUUGAUUGCUGCUUGUGUCAGAUUGUCUCACUGUUUAAAUAAACAAGUACCUUUAUCUAGGGUAACUUUGGUCCAACAAACGACAAAAUAUUUGAUGUGCUUAAAACUUAGUUUAAAGAAUGAUUUUGCUUAUUUAUUGCAAACUAUUGGUCCUUGCAAUAAACGAGUGACAAUCAAUCUCUUUGUUUAGAUAUGAUAAAAUCCUUAUUCAUUUAUUAUCUUGCAUGAAAGAUUUCAGUUUGAACCUUUAUUUCCAAUAGGAUUUAACAAAAUACAAGUCUAUUAUGUUAUCUUUGGUAAGUACUACCCUUAAAACACAGUGAAAUAUCACAAAUAGCAGUCCAGAACCUAAUAUUGAUUUCAGGUUUGGUAUCAAUAGGUUCUCUGGAGUUUUAUCAAUAAAAUUUGUGUGCUGAAAAAAAAUUUCUUUAAAAUUUGUUGACCUUAUAAAUUUCAUUUUUUUUUUCACAGAAAGUUCUUGUUAAUUAUGUAAAUUAUAAUUUGUGUAUAGUUAUAGAUUUGUAUAUGUUGUAAACCAGAAAUGUUUAUUAACCAUAUUCUCACUUUGUAACAUAUUCUCUUUUAAUGGUAAUUUUGAACCACAUUCCUAGAUAAUUAUGGCAGCAUGAUUUGUUUUGUUAUUUUUAAAAAAUUAUAAUUUCCUUUUUAUAUAACAAUUUUGGAUAAUAUUGUUUAAUGCUUAUGCUAACGUGUAAUUUAAAUAUAUUUUUUUAAAUAUUGUAAUUAUGAAUACAAAAAAUUCACCAUUUAGUUUACUGACAAAAACUGUUAAAUGUCAUUAUUGCAGAAUUUCUGUAAUUCUUUUGUGUAUUAAUACACCAUUUACACUCAACCUGACAUAUAUACAUGUAUAUAAGAUGUUUGUUUAAUAAAUUAAAAUAAUAAAUAUUUGUUUAUUUCUA